AUGUUUGAAGUUAUCGUGCUUACACUUGACAAACCUGUAACCAUUGGGAGACAUCUUCGUGAAUGCGUGAUGUCAAGUACCGGGGGAGUACUAGUGUCCUGCCAUGAUUACUCCACGAAUGGCGUCAUAAUAAACGGCCGCAAAUUACGCCGAAAUGCGGCGAUAGUCAUGGAUGGAGACGAGAUCCAGAUCCCUAACUCCAGAGUCUUUAAGUGUAUUCAUACAUUGAAGGAACCCCGGGAACAUGUAAAUAUCUUCGAGCAGACGCCCCCUCAGGGUGUUUAUAAGAACCUGGAGAUAGGAUAUUACACUAUAAUGUCGCACUGUCUUGGGAGUGGAUCCUAUGCCUCGGUCCACCUCGCUUUUGACACCCUCUCGUCUCGACAAGUCGCAUGUAAAACGAUCAUCACCAAGUCCAGAAGGAAAGAAGACAUGCAAAAAGCUAAGAAGGAAGUUAACAUCCUCAGGGGGCUCAAACACCCAAACAUUAAUGGAAUACUAGAUGUAGAGGUCAACUCACAGGCCGGCUGGCUGUAUGCAUUUCUAUUCCUCUGUACGGGCGGAGAUCUAUUCACUUACACGACGCGUCGUUAUCGAUUGAGUGAAGCAGAGGCGAAGUUUAUCACGUUUCAAUUAUUCAGAGCCAUCGAGCAUCUCCACGACCGGUCGGUUUCUCAUCGUGGUAUGUCCAUUCAGAUUUGUCCUGAGAACGUACUUCUAUACACCCCCGGACCGUUCCCUCGGGUACAGAUAGCAGAUUUCGGUCUCGCAAGAGCAAGAGCAUAUCAGGAAACGAUGACUGUAUGCGGGACCGUCUCAUACUUACCUCCGGAGGGUAUCAUGGCUCUCGAUAACAGAGAGCUCGGGUAUGUCGGAAUGCCAGCUGAUUGCUGGAGUGUCGGGUUAAUCUUAUUCAUCAUGCUAUCGUGA